AUACUCAACACCAAUGUUGUUUGUACUACAGGCAGGUAGGCACUCGCACACACACACACACUUAUCAGACGUGAUGAUGUAGUUGUCAUAUCUGGAACUACUGUUAGCAAGCAAGAUAAUGACUGGGGUAUCUGCUCCUCUAUCACAGUCUCUAUCCUUUUGAGCUCACAGCCACCCCCUCCACCCUGAUGCGGUUUAACCGUUUUCUUUUCGUUUCAGCACAGAAACAAACGAGAGACUUCCAGGUUUGACACCUCCACACAGUAGAAUGCAAGGUCUUCCUAUUGCUGCCUUUGUUCUGGUCAUACCAGGUCUACUCUGCCAGACAACCAUACCUCGGACUGGAAGCUUUAAGCUCACUAAGGUAUAUCGUUCCAUCCGAUAUACCAAAGUCGACUUCUACAUCUCGUUCACCCCGUCUCAACCAGACCCAACAAUUGAAACGACAAUGACACACAACUACUGGGCAACAAAUCGGACACCAAUUCCUUCCGAAGGUGUGUUUGUAGAACCGCGUGAAAAUCAGAUUAAAGGUCUUCUGUCGAGCGGUAUUUUGAAAAAAGGCAUGGCGAGAAUAUCUUUCAACAAAACGGAGUUUCUAGAAUUUGAAAAUGGUUAUAUGGGCUUGCCUUAUCAGCCAAUAAUUAUGAUUGGAUUUCCAAAUCGCCAAUACUUCAUCCUCCGCUUACGCGUGGACUUUGAAUGGAAAGUAGAUGAGAAGAAAGAUGUCACCACAGAGAGCACCACACUUAGCCACACACUCAUCUCUUUUCCGAGGGGAGACCAAUUAUAUUUCAACACAUCUUCCAAAAGACCAUCCAGGGCAGAGAACAAUUUAAUGGAGUUCCUGAUUCCGAAAGAUUUCGAAAAAAAUGCUGAUCCCAACAACUCCUCGCGGAUUCACAUGAGCCUCUUUUUCAUCAACGGUUGUGGUGAGACAACGUCUGGCUACUUCCAAGUGAAACAUAAAAAUCUUCGCUUAUUUUUUGACUCCUCUCGUCGCCGUGGAGACAACGGCUGGGGUCAAAUGAUUCAAUUUGAAACUUAUCACAGGAUUGUAACUGUGAAGAAGGACUACACAAAUAUAAGCCUUCCCAUACUGUACUGGUGUGAUGGUAACAGGAAUGAUCCAAAUAAAUUUCCGCAAGGUUUCAUUUCUUUUCGCCGAAGAGCUGUUUUUUCAAAUCGAAAGAGCGUAUUAGAUGAGUUGACCUCGAAAGUGAUCCUUACAUUUGGGUAUCGCGGUAACCCCUUUGGUUAUCCGUCGGAUUAUGGCUUUGUAUGGGAGGAGACAACAGACUCCAACGAUGUCUCAAAAAUUGCAGAUAUUUCGCUAAUUCCUGUGUAAUCGCAUGCAAGUUCGUCGGCGCCAACAUAGCAAAUGUCACUGUGGGAAAGUAUACAGAGGACGAAGGGUACGUUCCUAUUCACAGUGAGACUCCUCGCACGUUUGAGCCCGUGAAAAUGAGCAUCAGGCUCGGGCUUAGCAAGAAGGAGAGUAAUGAAACCUACUACUGCGAAAUGUAUUACGGGUAUCCAGAGCCUGUCCACACUGAGAAAACCACUUUCGACGUCAUGUAUUAGCAGGGUGACACUUCCGCUAGUGUUCGAUGACAGAGACCAAGAAGAUCGCUGCAGCCGAGACACCCUGAGACGACCAUCUUGGUAGUUUGGGUAGGUAACACCACGGACGUGUACAGGUGGACUGCUGUCUGGCUGCCGAGACCAACGCUUAGCCUUUUGCGAAGUUCUCCGCUGUUAGUCUCGGCGAGCCUAAACAAUAAAUGUGACUAAACCGGAAGCUUUGCAUACAUCAGCCUCUGUUUAAUAGUUAAUUGGAAAAAAAUCGUCAGCAAGGAGUCCAGUAAUACAAGUUGGUGAUAACACCCAGAUGAGUAGGUAGCUCAUUACCUGUCAUUUCGCUAUUCUGAUGCCCAUUACAGUCUAACGACUUGAGGCAGUAGAAAGUUGUCCUGCGCUAAGCAGACAGUUGUACCUGUUGUAUAAAUAUCCAAAUAGACCUUAGCAGAAUAAAGCUUCCCACCCGUGCUGUCAGGAAAUGAGUAAGUCUGUGAGCCUUCUGCCAUAUGCUUUGUCCCAGACACCUAUAGUGUAUUGUCCUAUCAGCCUCUAUUCUACAGUAUUUAGAAGUAACAGUAGAAAUAAAGGUUAACAGUAAUCCUAUGGUCUAGUGGCCGUAAGGGGAGAGAACAUAUAAACAUAUUACUGUGUUGGCAUGUGGAAGGAGUCAGGUGGAAUCCAACGAGAUCAGAUGUCCAUUUUUUUCAAAGGAAGGUUGUUGGGUGGGCAGGGCAAGGUCUCCAGCCAAAGGUUCAGAUGUUGUAAUUGUCACUAACCCCCAGACUAUAGCACCUCCCAACAGAAACUACAGGCUGCUGUGGUGAAUAACAUUUGUUGUAUACAUACACGUGUAUAACCCAUACUUUCCUUACUUUUGAAUGGAGGAGGUUAUCCACCACAAGUUCCUGUCUUAUCAACUAGAGCCUGACGGGUGGAGUUAAUGGCAGGUGCUGCAGACUAGUUCACCUCACAUCAAUCGUAAAGUUUUUGCACUUACUUAAAAAAGAACUUAUCAUAUUUUUCGGUUAAACCUGUGAAGGCUUACCUGUGUUUUCCGACAUGUGGGAGAUCAUCUCCUUUUCCCUUGGAGCUGUUUCGCCGUUAAAGAACUGUCUUGCCGUUAAUGAACUGUUUUGCUGUUAAUGAACUGUUUUGAUGUUAAUGAACUGUUUUGCUGUUAAUGAACUGUU